AUGUUUGAAAAAUUGAUACUUUUGGUUUUGAUUUCGAUAUUCGGAAAUGCUUCUGCACAAUUUAAUCUUACCGAAUAUUAUCGCAUGCCUCCAUUACAUCAUACUGAAAAUCUCAGACGAUGUCUCCACGAAACGGAAGAUUACAACGUCUUUUGUGUGGUUUUUACGAUAAUUAAGCCCGAUAAUUCCGCACUCUGGCAUCAAAUUGAAGUGUUUAGUGACGACGUCAAGAGGCACUUUAGGCAUGAUUUUGUGCAUUCCGGCAUUUGUUUGCGGACAUGUGAACGUCAGUUGGCUGGAUUAACGGAUUUGGAGCGUGACGCGUUGUUUGUCGAAGAGUUUCCGUGGAAAACGGGCCAAAAGUGGUACGAUAACUCGACAUUUUUCAAAAAUAGAACGAGUCAUCGUGAAGCGUAUGGGCGUCAAAUGAACCAAUGUGUGAAUUUGUGGUUGAAGCAGAACUAUAAUUUAUCGGGCUCGAGUAUAAUUCAUUUUUGCAACACAAAUCGGGAUACUGAGAAUGUUGAAUAUGAUCAUUGGCAUUGGAUUUUUUUGUCAGUGACACUUUCAAUCCUCGUUAGCGUCUUAACAGCUUCAAUUUUGGAUGCUCGAAGAAAUAUUAAAGGCACCCUUGAGCACUACAAGAACAAAAAACAAUCCCCGUUACUUUGUUUUUCAGUCAUCCGUAACUGGUAUCGCCUAACUGAAGUUUCAAAAGAUGAAAUGUCUCGAGAUUUUCGUUUUUUACAUGCCGUUCGUUACCUUUCCGUUUACAUUUUUGUACAAGCGCACCAUCUUUACUCGUAUGCCGUGAGUCCCAUUCAAAAUGCGGAAAUGAUUGAAACCUCGUAUCACGACACGAAUUACAUUGCUCAAAAUAACAUGAGUACAGUUCAAACUUUCUAUCUCUUGAGCGGAUUCAUGCUUUACAUUGCCGCCCAUGAAACGUUCAAAAAAGGAUCUUUUAACGUCUUGAAUUGCUGCAUGGCGAUCAUUUAUCGUUAUGUCAGACUCGUUCCAGUAUUGCUAGUUGUGAUUCUCUUCGAGGCAUCAUUUUUAUAUGACAUGAUGGUCGACGACGGCGGUUAUUGGAAGUUUUUGGCAGAGCCUGAACGAGGAUAUUGUCGGAAAAAUUGGUGGACAAAUCUCUUGAUGAUCAAUAAUUACGUGAAUCCGGAUGAAAUGUGUCUUGUUCAUUCAUAUUACAUUGCUGCCGAUACGCAAAUUUUUAUUUUUGUGGUGAUUUUGUUGAGUUUCAUGUUUAAAUUUCCUAAAAUUAAAAAUUGGAUCAUUGGAAUUGCUUUUGCGAUGAGUUUGUGUAUUCAAUUUGUCGUGAAUUACAUCAACAAAGGCGAUGGAAUGUUUUUGUUUACGCCAGAAGCUAAACGGCGACUUUACUACGACAUGUCGGAUGAAUUCAAAAACGACUUCAUUACGGCGCACAUGAACCUGAGCAACUUUUUAAUCGGAGUAAUAGCUGCAAUGUUGUGUUUUUACAUUAAAAAACGAAACAUAGAUUUGGGUCAAUAUAAGGCAUUUUUAGCUGUUUGGUACGCGCAGUUUUUCAUGGGACAAGCAAUUCUCACAAUUGGUGCUUAUGUCUUCUUCACCUACAACUUUGAAAAAGGAGUCGGACUUUCACUGGCAUACGUUUUUAUGCGAAAUAUUUGGUGUCUUAACGGAAUUUUGCUGCUAUUGGGUUUUGUUUCGAAAUUUGAAUCUGGAGCAAAACGAUUCCUUAACUGGCAUGUUUUCACACCUUUGGGACGAUUAACGUACAGUAUUUUCAUUUGUCACAUCACGCUUUCAAGGCUAAUUUUUGGAAAUGCAGAAAAUCUAGCCUCUCGCAGUUACUCGGAAUGGUUCCUUGAAUCUGUUGGACUUUUCUUGAUAGCGAACUUGAUGGCGAUUGUUUUGUGUUUGUGCAUCGAGUUUCCAAUGACGGGACUUGCCAAAUUGCUGUUGAGAACAAAGAAAAAGCAUCAAACAGAAAACAAUAACAAUGAAAAUUUGCCAAUGCAGCAUGAAAGAAUCACUUUUUUGGGAGAGCCUAAAAUUACUAGAUGUUAA